AGAAAGGGUGCACGGAGCCCCUGUUGCUUCUCCCCUUUGGGGGGUGGUUAUUAGGUAGGCUUGGGGAAGGCGGAGUUUGGGGGGCCGGGGGCGGGGCUCCGGCGCUGGGAGGAAGAGGGGGGGCGCGCUGGCUCCAGCUCGGCUCAGACAAAAGGCGGCGGCGGGAGCGGGCGGGAGGCGGAGCGGCGCCGCGAGGGCCUCAAGGUGACACCCGCCCCCGGCCCCGGCCCCCCCAGCCCGGCCCCCCAGCCCGCCUCCCCACCCCCAGCCCCCAGCCCCCAGCCCCUUACCCCCGGCGCCCUGUCCAGACCCCCUCCCAGGCCCCCUCCCCCCGGCGGGGGGUGGGGAGCAGCGAGGGCCCCGCCCCCUCCCGCCCCCUCCCCAGGGCCCGCGCAGGAUGCCCCCGGCCCCCGGCAGCCCUCCGGGAGGCCCUGAGCUCGACUCGCCCCCUCUACGCCAUGUCCCCCCCUGGCUCGGCCGCGGGAGAGAGCGCCGGCGGCGGCGGCGGCGGCGGUGGCGGCCCCGGGGUCCCGGAGGAGCCCACGGCGGCGGCGGCGGCGGACGAGGGCCCCGCCCGAGAGGAGCAGCGUCCCAUCCAGCCCUCUUUCACCAAGUCCCUCUGCCGUGAGUCCCACUGGAAGUGCCUGCUGCUCUCACUGCUCAUGUACGGCUGCCUGGGGGCCGUGGCCUGGUGCCACGUCACCACGGUGACCCGCCUCACCUUCAGCAGCGCCUACCAGGGCAACAGCCUCAUGUACCACGACAGCCCCUGCUCCAACGGCUAUGUCUACAUCCCCUUGGCCUUCCUGCUCAUGCUGUACGCCGUCUACCUGGUGGAGUGUUGGCACUGCCAAGCCCGCCAUGAGCUGCAGCACCGUGUUGACGUGAGCAGCGUGCGGGAGCGCGUGGGCCGCAUGCAGCAGGCCACGCCCUGCAUCUGGUGGAAGGCCAUCAGCUACCACUAUGUCCGCCGCACCCGCCAGGUCACCCGAUAUCGCAACGGAGAUGCCUACACCACCACCCAGGUCUACCAUGAGCGCGUCAACACGCACGUGGCGGAGGCCGAGUUCGACUAUGCGCGGUGUGGCGUCCGCGACGUGUCCAAGGCGCUGGUGGGGCUGGAGGGCGCGCCGGCCACGCGGCUGCGCUUCACCAAGUGCUUCAGCUUCGCCAGCGUGGAGGCCGAGAACGCCUACCUGUGCCAGCGCGCGCGCUUCUUCGCCGAGAACGAGGGCCUGGACGACUACAUGGAGGCGCGCGAGGGUAUGCACCUCAAGAACGUGGACUUCCGCGAAUUCAUGGUGGCCUUCCCGGACCCGGCCAGGCCGCCGUGGUACGCCUGCUCGUCGGCCUUCUGGGCCGCGGCGCUGCUCACGCUGUCGUGGCCGCUGCGCGUGCUGGCUGAGUACCGCACAGCCUAUGCGCACUACCACGUGGAGAAGCUCUUCGGUCUGGAGGGCCCGGGCUCGGCGAGCAGCGCGGGCGGCGGCCUGAGCCCCAGCGACGAGCUGCUGCCCCCGCUCACCCACCGCCUGCCGCGGGUCAACACGGUGGACAGCACAGAGCUCGAGUGGCACAUCCGCUCCAACCAGCAGCUGGUGCCCAGCUACUCCGAGGCGGUGCUCAUGGACUUGGCGGGGCUGGGGGCGCGCUGCGCGGGGGGCGCGGCCGGCUACGCGCCCUCGUGCCGCUACGGCGGCGUGGGCGGCCCGGGCGCGGCGGGCGUGGCCCCGUACCGGCGCAGCUGCGAGCACUGCCAGCGCGCCGUCAGCAGCUCGUCCAUCUUCUCGCGCAGCGCGCUGAGCAUCUGCGCCAGCCCGCGGGCCGGCCCGGGGCCCGGCGGGGGGCCGGCCUGCGCGGGCAGCCGCUUCUCGCUCGGCCGCCUCUAUGGCUCCCGGCGUAGCUGCCUGUGGCGCAGCCGGAGCGGGAGCGUCAACGAGGCGAGCUGCCCCACGGAGCAGACGCGGCUGUCGAGCCAGGCGAGCAUGGGGGACGACGAGGACGACGACGAGGAGGAGGCCGGGCCGCCGCCGCCCUACCACGACGCCCUCUACUUCCCGGUGCUCAUCGUGCACCGGCAGGAGGGGUGUCUGGGCCACAGCCACCGGCCGCUGCACCGCCACGGCUCCUGCGUAGAGACCUCACUGUGAUCCUCGGCGC